UAAACUCGCUGGAUUUGCCAGGAUUGCCACCUCACAAUCUUCAAUUAAAGGUUGGAUCGGUGGUUAUAAUGUUGCGAAAUAUCAACCAACCGCGUCUUUGCAACGGUACACAGUUAGCGAUAAAAAAUUUACUAAACAAUGUGAUAGAAGCAACUAUACUCAAAGGAAAGUAUAAAGGAGAGGAUGUUCUCAUACCGCGCAUCCCAAUGAUUCCGACUGAUGUGCCAUUUGAGUUUAAACGACUACAGUUUCCAGUGCGGCUUGCUUUUGCUAUGACUAUAAACAAGUCCCAGGGGCAAUCAUUAAGUGUUUGUGGUAUUAAUCUAGAAAACCCAUGUUUCUCACAUGGUCAAUUGUAUGUUGCCUGUUCCCGUGUUGGAAAACCAUCAGAUUUGUUUAUCUAUGCGCCAGGUAAUCAAACAAAAAACAUCGUAUACCACAAAGCACUACAAUGAUAAUAAUAAUAAUUAUGAUUCACAUGAUUAACAAUAAAGCGAUUACUUACUUUUAAAUCCUUAUAUAUGUUUUAUUUAAUUAUUUUUUAUUCACAACGCCCUAUCACCAGGGUGACGGUUCUGUUCAGGAGAAUUUUUUUAAAUACGUAGGCAAAAAAACUGCCACAUUACAAAUCUUUUUGACAGGACGAAGU